UCAUCAGGUCAUUCAGUGCGUUGUGUUCUUUCGAUCAUCAUGUAUUGUUGGAUAAUGUGGUGAAAUUUUGAAGUGAAAAUUAAUAGUGAUAAAUUAAUUUCUUUAAUAAAAAUGUCGUUGGUUGAGGAAAAAGUGUGUAUAGUGACUGGUGGCGCAGCAGGAGUAGGUGCGGGUAUAGUCAAAACGCUUCUUUGGGAAAAUGCUCGGUUCGUGGCUUUCCUAGACAUAGCGGAGCGGGAAGGCUCGUUCCUAGAAGCGGAACUGUUCGCGAAGUUUGGCGCUCUGAGAGCCAAGUUCAUAAAAUGCGAUAUAUCGGACGAGGAGCAACUUGGCGCCGCUUUCAGACAGGUCUUCGACAAGUAUAGGAGACUUGACAUUGUUGUAAACAACGCGGCGGUCCUGAGCGCCGACGACCAUGCUUAUAAGAAGAUUGUUGAUGUUAACUUUUCAGCAACAGUGAAUAGCACUCUGAACGCGCUGGACAUUAUGGGAGUUGACAAAGGAGGGAAGGGAGGAACAGUCGUGAAUGUGUCGACUCUGCUAGCCCUCAGGCCAAAACCCAGCCUGCCUGUGUAUUCGGCCACCAAAAUUGCGGUACUACAGUUCAGCAAUUCUAUUGGGGCGGAGUUCUAUUAUUCGAAGUCGCAAGUUCGAGUCCUGACGGUGUGCUUGGGUCCUACAGACACUGCUAUACUACAGAAGCCAAAUAUCUCUAACUUAGACAAAGAUUUCACCCAGAACCAAACCACACAAGCCCCAGUGAGGCAAAGGGUUGAGUCCGCUGUGAACGGGAUUAUUGAAGUUAUAAACAAAGGCGAGAGUAGUUCAACUUGGAUGAUUGCGAAUGACAAGCCUGCGGUUAAUAUAACACAAAAUAUUUUAGGUGGAUUUCAGACUAUGACUGAUUCGUUAGGCUUAACCUUAGACAAAUAAAAAUCAUUGUGCUAAUC